UUACUGGAAGACACACAUACAGUAUCACACACACACACACACACACAGUGCUCCUCACGUUCCUGAGCUCGUCUUCCAACGUGCUGCUGCUUUGACGCCCAGCUGUCUCUCCUUAGCUGAGCUCGCGCAGCCCCGGUGUCACUGUGCAUACUAAUGAGCGGAGGGGGAGACGGAGCGAGGGAAGAGGAGAGAAAAGGAGGAGAGAAAAGGAGGAGCAGAGAGGAGAGAAGAGGAGCAGAGAGGAGCGCUCGAGCCUCGGAAAGCCUCCGCGCGGAUCACAUGGGCUCGGAUGCGCGAGCUUUGGCUUUAUAGCUUAGCGCCAUUCAACUUGAUGGCUCGUUCUUCUGCGCCUUGCUCGAGCUAAGCGCGCGGCGUUACGUCGACCGGAGGGGUUUCUCUUUCUCGGGAGGAUUUUUUGCUCUAAAGGACUCCGUCAUGGACGCUUCGUCUUUCUGAUCGUCGCUGUGGAAAUGUGCGGAUUGUUGAGCAUGUUCGUCUUGGUGAAUGACAGCGAGCACGGAUAAAAAGGGGGGAGGAAAGCAGCGAAUCAUCGACUGAUGUUUUGUUCCGGUUCUUCAAGCAGCGGAAUAUAAUCACUGCAGUAAAUGCCGGAUCGCCUUGCGCUCGCUGUGGGGAUUUACAGAGGGCGGUCGUCUGCGGCCGUGUUUUGAAGGUGUGCUUUCUGGGGGGCUAUUGUUGUUUUUUGUUUUUUGUCCUUUUUUCUUGAUUUGAUGUGAAAACGGACAGCUUUUCCGCUGGUACCGUGAACGCUCCUCCACUGCGCCAGCAUGGAGCGACCGCAGCGCUGGAGAUGACGCACUCGACCGCGCUCCGCUCCCAAAAAAAGUGCUUCAGCGCGCGAACAUGGCGGCGACUUAACGCGGGGGGCGACAUGAUCGCGGCCGAUCUGGACAUCGACGGAGAAGCUCCGAGGAGACCCGCGCUGCACACACGGAGGAGAGAGCACCGCGCCUUCCGCUGACCAACACAGAGCGAGAGAGAGAGACAGAUACAGAGAGAGAGAGAGAGAGAGAGGCGGCAGGUUCUCGCCAGCGCAGCCCGGGGGAGGGAGAAAGAAACAGAGAGAUAGAAAGAGAGGGGGAGAGAAAGAAGGGCAUGGUGCUGUGGAGAAGGAGGAGGAGAAGCGGGGUGAGCUCUGGAGAGCCACGCGCGAGGGCAAUAUGAGUGGCCUAAUCCGUGCCAGCGCGUUAACCGAACCGGAAUAGGGGAUCGACAGAGAGAGAGAGAGAGAGAGAGUGCGAGAGAGAGAGUGCGAGAGAGAGAGUGAGUGCGAGAGAGAGAGCGAGAGAGAGAGAGCGAGAGAGAAAGAGAGCGAGAGAGAGAGAGUGCGAGAGAGAGAGAGAGAGAGAGAGACCAUUUCCUUCUUUUCCAAAAAGAUAUAUACGUAUUAAUUAAAGUGAGAAAAUAAACAAAACAUAGGGGUUACAAAUAAUAAUAUCCACUCACAAACCCCAAGUCAAUGAAUUUUGUGGCCACCCAGGAGCCGCCGCGGUGGAGUGGGCCAGCGCUGCGCUUUCCUAAAAUAUGACCAGCGGCGCUCGGACGUGUCGGCAGCAAGAUGAUGAUGAUGAUGACGGCUUAAAAACGUGGUGGUGGUGCGCGCCCCGCGAGGACCCGAUAAAGCCAGCGUUCAGCGACUCGGAAAGGGCCCACAGAUGGCGACUGUCCCUCGCCUGCCUCCUCCUCUUCCUCGCCGUGCUGCUCUCUGACCGUCUGUGGCUGCGCGCCGAGGCCGCGCUGGCCAGGGCCGGGUCCGGCUCCAGCGCGCUGCUCUCCGCCGGCGCCUCGCGCCAGCCCGUGCGGCCGCUGGCCUCGUGCCGCCCGGACAGCGUGUCCAAGCGCUGCUUCGCGGCGGAGGAGGACGCGGCGGCCGCGGUGUGCUCGGGCCUGUCCGGCGCCGAGUGGAACCUCAGUGACCUGUACCUCGCCUUCUGCGACUCUUACUCCCUCCUUGAUCUGUUCCACGGCCUGCGCGCGCCGCCCAACGCCAGCAGUUGCGGCCUCGCCAUGGCCCAGGGCAGCGACGACGGCCACGGCGACGGCUACGGCGCGGACGGCUGCGUACGCUGCGUGCGCGCCUACCAGUACCUGGACCGGCAAGCGCGCGAGGCGUACGACGAGUUCGAGCUGCUGGUGCGGAAAUACGAAACGGAUGCAUACUCGGUGCGGACAUGCAUGGACGAGUGCACGACUGUCUACAAACACUGGCUGUGUUCCCAGUACUUCCAGACCACGCAGAUGCACUGCAGCAACAGGAUCCCUUGCAGGCAGUACUGCCUGGAGGUCCAGCAGAGGUGUCCCUUCAUAUUGCCUGACAACGAUGAGCUCAUUUAUGGCGGAAGCCCUAGUUUUAUAUGCACAGGGCUCCUAGAGGACAACCCUUCAGAUGCAGAAGCAGAGUGCUGUGACGUUCGAUGGGACAGCAAGCCAGACAACAGCUCCAAAGGGACUCUCAAAAGAACUCACCCGUCAUGCCAACACGGGACAUCCCUGACCUCGUCAGCAGCCUCCAGACUGUGCAACAGCAGGCUCAAACUCUGCCUGUUGGUUCUAGUCCUGCUCCAUACUGUCGCCACAAUCACAGCCUCCCAUAACCUCACCACCAUCUCCUCCCUGGAGGAGAACUCCACUAACGAGGAGGGAUGAAGAGGCCGUUCAUUGCAGCCAGCAAAUCACUUCGGAGCUCAGUCCAGUGGGAUGGACCCUGGAACUACCGCAGUGCUUUCUGGGACAUGUUGUGCAGGACAGGAUUUUGUGGACAUGCAAUCAACCAAGCAAAACAAACAAACAGACAUUAAAUAACACUGGACAAACUGGACAAACUUAAUCCAAUGUCAAGAACAAGGGACAACACCACAGCCUUUGUUGAAAGAGGCCACUCUAGGGCGGAGUUCUCUCGCACCAUAUUUUUUACACUGUGUCUAUGGUUUAGAUUUCUGUUGCACUAGAUGACUACAGGAUCUAUUCAUGUUCUCGUUUCCUUUUCAUUACUGGUCUUUGUGCAGGAAGGAAUGGGACACAUGGAUGGGUUACAUGUAAAAGUAUCAAGAUGAAAAGUUGAGCGUGUGCAUGUGAGUGUGUGUGUGCGCGUGAAUAUCCGUGUCCACUGAUAUGUUUUCGUUUAGAAUCAUAGUACUAUCUAUUGAAUGCUGCUCUGUCCAUCACAAGGAUUACUAUGGAGCCUCUAAAAUGGUUUGAAUAGGUCUAAAUUUUCAAAUCUACCUAAUUGAAUGUCCAAAUCCUCAGCUGAAGCCCAGAUUCACUGAUUCUCCCUCACUAAAGUUGAGUGUGCAGACAGUUUUGUUGCUAUUUUGAUGUCAAUGGUGCAGCAGAUCAGGAGCUUUCCAAGCCCCAAGUGCGUAUGCAUGCAGCAUACUGGAAGGGUAAAGUGGUUGUGGUUGAUAAAGCAUUUGUCAGACUGAAAUCUUUGGAAUACUUUUGUAUGUCCACUCAACUUGCACAAAAAUAACAUAGAUUCAGUUUUUUUUUCUGCCCCUGGUAGUAUAUUUAUAUAGAUAUAUUCUCUUCUAUAUUCUAUAACUGCAUGUUAUUAUCAAUGUUUAGAUGAAACAGCCUAAAUUUCAUGAAUAAAUCCAAAUGAUCUGAGGACAUCACAUUCAUAGCGCAACACAUUUGAUGCAGAGGUCUCAGCUGAAAUGACUCCUGUUUUUAUUUAGACUGUGGACUUAGCCGGAAAGAACAUAAAAGACAAAAGUAACCGAAAGACACAGAUUUUUCCACUGCUUUCCACUGCUUUCCGUGAAUAUAUCAUAUCUUCUACCACAGUAAAGGGCUUUUUCAUUGUUUACACAUGCACACGUUCAUCCACUUCUGCAGUUCUUGCUUGUAGAGAUUAAUAUGGCUUGGAGAGCUCAGAUACAGAACACUUUUUCACCCUGUGAUAGGUACGUACAAGAAAAAUCCCAUUUGCUGCUGCAGAGAACCGACGAUCAACCACACAAUCACGCAGUUCCCUAUAGACAGGGCCUUCAUGAGCGAUCCAAAGAUAUGAGAGCUUAAUUUUUUUGAGUAAGACUGAGCAGAACAGGAGAUGCUAAGGGCUGAUCUGUUUUACUUUUUUGUCUUUUUUCUACAGGUAUGCUCUAAUCUGUCACAGGAUGAGCUGUAAUGACACUCGUAGUGAUACAAAAAAUGGCUGCAAUGUUCAAAAGUUUGAGUGCUUGAGUGUGUACUUCAUGACCAAGUCCAAUCUGAACCGCAUUAGCCAGCUUUGGUUCCAAAUUCUUCGACCAGCAGCAGGAACAAGGUCAACACCUCUCAUUGCGCAAUAAGACCUCAUAAAACAUUCAACUCCUACUAGAUCACUAACAUGAGCUGAUAUUUUUUUAUGGAUCUUUCCUCUGAGGUGAGGUAAAUAUGUUAUAGCCAGGUUUGUUAGCUAAAGGGUAUUUUUGAUUACUAUCUGUGCUCUUCGAAAUAAAAAGAGAAAAUCAACAACAAAAACAUAGAUCUAUAGUUUCUGUUCUGUACAGGCCACCGAAAAUGUGCAUAAAGUGUGUACAAAGUGCGUGUUUAUAACGCAACACUGGCAUCACUGCUUUUUAUUGAAUUUCAACCACUACACUCAAGGUCACUCUAAGUCUUUUACCAAAAGAGAGAGGAUGGAUCACGAGCGGAUCUCAAUAGCUUUACAAAGUUGUAAGAACCAAUAACCUUUUGGUCCCACAUAUUAGGGGUGUAACGAUUCACAAAAAUAGAUUUGUGAGGAGGACCUUGCCUGAACCUCGUCCUCCUUUCAAUCUAAUGUCCACACAUUUCCUUUCUAACAUCCUAUACAUUUUUACUUCACGUUUCCCAUGACAAAAUAUUCUCACCACCCCAUCUCCCCCAGUUCCUCUGUCCUAACUUUAUUUUUUCGGGGGUGUCUGGUCUUCUAGCUCAAGCAGAAGCCCCCAGAACUCCAACACAAACUGUCAGAGUUCUCUCCACACAUACAGUCAUGUGAUUUUGUCAUAUAUGUCAACACUAAAUUGAAGGCAUAUUCUGAACUCAGAUUUCUUAUUCAUUUCGAAAUAUGUUUCAACACGUCUUUAAAUACAACAAAAAUGAAUGGCUACAAGCUAACAUGCUAGCACAAGCUAACAACCUAGACAUGAUACAAUAACAAAAAAUAACACGCUUCAAACAAUCAAUACAGUAUGACUAAUUAUACUGUUACAUCCCUGGUACUAACAUUAAUGACCUUCUAAACGGGAUCAAUAGCUGCACAGGCGGAUGUGCUUCUGGACCAUACUAGGCACGAUACAGCAACUGAGCUUUUUGGGUGUCACGUAUUGAAGUUGCACAGUUACUUCUGGUUCUUAGCCACUGGAGUAAUCACGAAGUUCAUCUGAGCUGAUUAAGAGGAAUUAGCACUGAAUGACUAAGCUGAGACCUGAACUAGAACUAAAGCAAUCACAGCUUUUGCUCUCUCUCCACAAUCUCUUUUCUCGUCUCUCUUUCAUUACAGAAAGUGCAAUCAAAUUAACAUAAAGGAAAGGAAAUGAAUUUAUCAAACAUGAGGAAUAAGUACUAGAAAGGUAUGGUGCACUGGAAUGUACAGGUGCAUGUAUUUCCUAUUGAAAUUCAAUAUGAGUUGAAAUUGUAAAAGAAACAUGUAAAGCAAUUGAAAAUGUUCUUCACUCUCAAAAUGUGGGUUCAGUGCUAAUGUGGUGAUGAUUAAAGAACCCUGUGCUAAGUUUAAUCUUCCAUUUAAACCCUUCUUGUUUAUUAAGCCUUCAUUUCUGUGACUCUCCAAAUACCUCUGGCCUAAUGAUCUAAAGGGUCCGACUCUCCAGGUUGAUGGAAACAUAGAAAGGGGCUGGGUUCCAGAAUAAAAAAUAAAUAAAUCAGACUUAAAACGUGUUAAGAAGUGUUAGGGAUGUAUUAGGUCAGGCAGGUGGGCUUGUGGGCCUUGGGUUUGAUACAGUCAGUGCUCGCCUAAUGAAUAAUGAAAAUGGAGACCACAGAGAGAUGGCCCUCUAGAGAUCUUAUUAGCCUACUCAUGAAACAACUGGACUCUCACUGGACUCUCUUCUGAGACCACCUGCUCUGGAGUGGCAGAGAGAGAGAGAGAGAAAGAGAGAGCAAGAAUUAUUCACUUCAUUCAUCUACACCACACACAUCAGAUACACACUAAUCCACAAAUACACAGCACCAUCUGGGCCUGACAGGAGAGGAAUGAGAGAGCGAAGGAGAAAAGGGACAGAGCAGACAGCAGAAUGAAAGAUAAUAGGAGGGAAAGCCAUAGCAGGUAGAGGGACAAGGAAAGAAAGAGAAAUACCUAUAACUGUGUACGUAAAUCAUUUAUUUGUUCAAGCCCUGUGCUCCAAUGUCAGGUUAGGCUGAGUGUUGGAAAACGCUCAGCAACACAAGCACAUUCAACUACACUAAUGAAACUGCGCUGGGACAUUUAUGUGUUCUCUGUAAUCCUUUUUGCAUUUUCUCUGUGUACAUGAUGCUUUAAUUGUCAGGAAGGUAUCUCACAACACACUGUCUGCAGUGGUUACUGUAUAGGCUACAUCAUUCAGCCCCACCCCCUCCACCGAUGCUGAAUGAGACAGCAUUUACAGUCAACAUCAGCAUCCUCAUGUCAUACUACGUCAGCAAACCAAAUCCGUGAAUGAUAUUACUGUAACUGCAGGUAGCGGAAAUGGUUCUGAUCGUCUGUGUCACUUUUUUCUUUUAAACGUGUUUCUGUGUGUCUGUGUGGGUCCAGUCACUGUGCCUCAGCGGCCCACAAGAAUGAAUGUAUCAGAUGCCUGCUAAUAUUGCUUACUACCACCAAACCUACAAAUAAGAUGUAUUUUAUGCUUGCACAUAUACAGUAUAUGUUCAUUUCUGACUAUAAAUACAACUGUGUAAGUAGUCCCCCAUUGCAUCACUGUCACUUAGCAAGCAGAAAUACUUUCUUUUCUCUCUCUCUCUAUCCUGUGGACCUAUGCAGCCCUGAACCUCAGUCGUUUUUCUGUUGUAAAUAUGUUAUGAGAAUGCUGAACUAUGUGCGUUUGUUUUAUUUCGAGGUUUCCUUGCGUUCGGAGUUGGUGUCCUUUUUUAUUCCUCUUUUGUAAGUGUCUGAAAUCAUUGGUUGGGUUUCAGCUGAGAUCUAUUCUGAGUGAUGUGGUUUAACCAUAAGGACUAUCCUCUGAAUCACAACCUCAGCACCUGAAGGCUGUGAUUAAAAAAAUAAAAAAACAAAAAAACAAAAAACAAACAAAAAAACGAUUUAAAAAAGGUUAAAAGGCAUAUAGAGGUUAAAAGGCAUAUAGAGAUAACAUUAUGAAUAUGAUUAUUUAAAAAAAAGGAUUAUUAUACUACCGGUAUAUUGUAAUAUUAUAGAUGAUUUAGUUCAGUAACUUCUUUAAUUUUUUACAAACAACUUUGAUGAAUUAUUUAUAAAAACAAUCUCACGAUUCAUGAUCUUUUCAAAGGUAUGAAAUCUACUGCUAAAAUGAUUAAAAUGUGUUCUGAUGAAAAUAAACACAGAGAUGUAAUCUGUUAA